CUUUGAUCAGAUCCUCAUAACGAACGUAUCCUCUUCACUCUUCCAUCGCUCCUUCAGAUCUAACCAGCCAAGGAACCACUUUAUUUUGUUUGUCAUUUACUCAAUCUUGGAGAGAGAAACCCUCUCCAAUAUAAAAAAGUUUGAGAUUUCGAAGCUCAAAGCUACAGUCUUUACCGUUAUCCUGAAACACCCAAAAUGGUGGAAGCGCAAACAUGGACAACACGGAGGAUGAGCAACCCAAGAUUGGACCCCACAGCCACUUCCGACCACCAAGUUUUGGACAUCCCGGCAACCCCAACCGGCGAUGUUAGAAACAGCAUCUACACCGUCGGAUCACGUCUCUCUCCCAACCUCUUAACGGCCCUCAUCGUUGCGUCAUGGUUCAUGUCCAACAUUGGGGUCCUUUUACUCAACAAGUAUCUCCUCAGCUUCUAUGGCUACCGUUAUCCUAUAUUCCUCACCAUGCUUCACAUGAUCUCAUGCGCCUCAUACAGCUACGUAGCCAUAAACUUCCUCGAAAUAGUUCCCAGGCAACACAUCGUGUCGAGGAAGCAGUUGUUCAAGAUCUUCGCUUUGAGUGCCAUUUUCUGUUUCUCCGUGGUGUGUGGGAACACUUCUUUAAGGUACAUUCCGGUGUCGUUUAACCAAGCUAUUGGAGCGACAACCCCUUUUUUCACUGCGAUUUUCGCCUUCUUAAUCACUUGCAAGAAGGAAUCUGCCGAGGUUUAUUGUGCGCUUUUGCCUGUGGUUUUCGGGAUUGUGUUGGCUAGUAACAGCGAGCCAUUGUUCAACCUUUUUGGGUUCUUGGUUUGCGUUGGUUCCACUGCUGGUCGUGCUUUGAAGUCUGUGGUUCAAGGGAUAUUGUUGACCAGUGAAGCUGAGAAGCUGCAUUCCUUGAACUUGUUGUUGUACAUGGCGCCUAUGGCGGCCAUGAUUUUGUUACCAUUUACACUCUAUAUCGAAGGGAACAUUGCAAGCAUUACAAUUGAGAAAGCUAGGACUGAUGCUUUCAUUGUUUACUUGUUGGUUGGGAAUGCUACGGUGGCCUAUUUGGUGAAUCUGGCAAAUUUUUUGGUCACCAAGCAUACAAGUGCACUUACCCUGCAGGUUUUGGGCAACGGCAAAGCUGCGGUGGCGGCCUUCGUGUCGGUUAUGAUCUUCCGGAAUCCGGUCACCAUGAUGGGGAUGGCUGGAUUCGGUGUUACAAUUAUGGGUGUUGUGCUUUACAGUGAAGCAAAGAAAAGGUCAAAGGUCACAACACAUUGACAAUAAGUUGAAAAAAUUGCCAUGAACAUGGGUGGGGCUCUUUUUGUUCCUUUUUCUUUUGAAUUGUUCUUUAUAUUUGCUUGCUUUUAUUUGGAUUUUAUCAGAUUUCAUGCAAGGAAAGAAUCGAAUUUGGAGAAAAGGAAACAGUGAUUGGAUUGUGUAUAGGAACAAUGGAGGAAAAAAAGGGUUAGAUGCUCUCUUUUUUUUCUUUUGGUAUAGGGGUGGUUUAAGAGAACAAAAUUCUCUCACUUUUCCCCUGUUUGUAAUCUUAUAAUAUUCAUUUUAAUAUUGGGAGAAGAAGUUCUCCCCGUUCUUUA